AUGUCUGGUGGGCUUCCGAAGCAGUUCGGCCGAGGUGGUCCCGGUGGUCAGCGAGUACGCGUGGUCCAGCGGGUUGCUGACAACGCUGCAGUACUGCACAGUCUGCUGCUGGGCAGUGGCCGCGGAGUCUGCAGGGGGGUCGUCGCCCCUGGCCAGACUGAACGUUAUGCCAUGGAUUCUGUAGACGAGGACGUGUCUGCUCGAGUUCUCCUGCAAAGUGUAAUUCAUACGGAGUCCUCCAGGUCCCCAAUUACCCGCAGUGCCUCCCAGGCUCAGUUCCAGUCCCCGGGGUCCAGAGUCAGACGUAGUAUCAGACUAAGGAGGAGUGAUGUUGGGACCCUUACACCACAGGAGGCCCUCAAACAGAGCAUCAAAAAGAAGCUUCAUGAGAGCACUUCCAGGUUUACCCUGCCAGUGCCACCCAGUAAGAGGCGGACUAUAUCAGAGGGAGUCAGGAAGAUAAACACGUCUGCACCAGCCACAGCCUCACUUCUCUAUGAUGAUGACAUCACACCUAGAUACCUACUCAGGGGGAUCCUGCAAACAGAGCCGGAGACAUCCCUUCUGGUUCAGGACCGGCCAGUCAAGAAGGAGCCAGAGCUGCCCUCCACAAACUCCAGUCUUCACAGCAACCGCCCAAGUACAGGGCUGUCUGACUUGGAUUUCCCUGACAUGACCACCACAGUAAACCUGUCACAUACGGUGAAGGGACUAAGCAGGAAGCGACCACGUCGGAGUCUCAACAUAACGGCAUUCAACAGGCAGCUUGAACAUGAAGAUGGAGAGGCUGAAGGUGGCAGUGCAACAGAAAAAGACCUCUCAUCCCUGUCUUCUGCCUCUCCAAACUCUAUCACCUUCUCCCUGAAAACACCCUUUGUGGAUGUUCGGACUGAGAAAAGAGGAUUUCAAAGGAAGGUAACAAAUCGUAAAAAAAUUUGCCUUGAGGAGUUUGACGAGGCCCUACAAAAUCGACUGGCGGCGAUGGGUGGAGACCCUGAGCUGAGUGAUAGGGAGGAUCAGCAGGGUCUCAGUGAGACCGUUCGGUCUGAGGGGUUCACCUUGGGACAGAGUGACCUCACCGCUCCUGACAUCACCCAUGACAUCAUCACCAGCAACACAGCGCUCUACUCCCUGCCUGUUGACACAGCAACAACCUUCACUAUCACCACCCAGGACAAAGACACCAUCACAGGAACACAGAUCCAGCGAGAAAUGGGAGGAAUGAAGGCUGAGAAAAUUAUGGAGGAGGUAGGGGAACAAAAUGAGGACAAGAUGGAAUUAGACAACAAAGAUGGAGAGGAUUUGGCUGGAGAUGCUGGGCAGAGAGAGGACUCAGUGAGACAGAAGGUGUCCAAAUCACAGACUGUAGAAGUGGUAGCUGACUCCCAGACAGAAGAGGAGGAGCUGGCUGAAUCUCAGACAGAAGAGGAGGAGCUGGCUGAAUCUCAGACAGAAGAGGAGGAGCUGGCUGAAUCUCAGACAGAAGAGGAGGAGCUGGCUGAAUCUCAGACAGAAGAGGAGGAGCUGGCUGAAUCUCAGACAGAAGAGGACGAGGUGGCUGAAUCUCAGACAGAAGAGGACGAGGUGGCUGAAUCUCAGACAGAAGAGGACGAGGUGGCUGAAUCUCAGACAGAAGAGGACGAGGUGGCUGAAUCUCAGACAGCAGAGGACGAGGUGGCUGAAUCUCAGACAGCAGAGGACGAGGUGGCUGAAUCUCAGACAGCAGAGGACGAGGUGGCUGAAUCUCAGACAGCAGAGGACGAGGUGGCUGAAUCUCAGACAGCAGAGGACGAGGUGGCUGAAUCUCAGACAGCAGAGGACGAGGUGGCUGAAUCUCAGACAGCAGAGGACGAGGUGGCUGAAUCUCAGACAGCAGAGGACGAGGUGGCUGAAUCUGAGACAGCAGAGGACGAGGUGGCUGAAUCUGAGACAGCAGAGGACGAGGUGGCUGAAUCUGAGACAGCAGAGGACGAGGUGGCUGAAUCUGAGACAGCAGAGGACGAGGUGGCUGAAUCUGAGACAGCAGAGGACGAGGUGGCUGAAUCUGAGACAGCAGAGGACGAGGUGGCUGAAUCUGAGACAGCAGAGGACGAGGUGGCUGAAUCUGAGACAGCAGAGGACGAGGUGGCUGAAUCUGAGACAGCAGAGGACGAGGUGGCUGAAUCUGAGACAGCAGAGGACGAGGUGGCUGAAUCUCAGACAGCAGAGGACGAGGUGGCUGAAUCUCAGACAGCAGAGGACGAGGUGGCUGAAUCUCAGACAGCAGAAGAUGUAGCAGAUGAAGGGGGACAGGUAGUGGAAGAAGGGCAGGAAAAAAUAUUGAUAUCACAGAGUUUAACACACAAUGCGAUGCACAUCAGUCGGAGAACUUAUUGCUCAGAGGGUGGCGUCAAGGUUGCUGGAGUGAUGGAAGGAUGGAGGGGUUACAAGAGCAUGGGAGCAGUGCUCCAUCCUACAGAGACUGGUGAGUCAGGGUGGGCAGGCAGGUCAGAGGGGGACCCGGCUGGUGAGUGGCACAGGGGGCCGGAGGUGGGAGCUAGUGAGAGCGCCCACACCCGCACAGUAACCCUUGGCAGCGUCCCUCCCUCCCCGUUGCCCCAGGAAGAUGAGCUGGAAGGUUUGAGUAGAACUGGCACCAGCCUUGGCAAUGAGGAGAUGGAGAACUCCAUGCCUCCUUUAGAGAUGACCUUUGAACCUGAGAACAACGCCCCUCACAGCAGCAACUCAUCCCUGCACCCCAUCACUGCCCAGAGCCCAGCUGAGCAUGAGGAGGACUGGGAUGAUGUGGAAGAGGGGGAUGGUAUCCGGAGUGAAGAGCUGUCCAUGAAGACUCCUGCGUUUGUCAGAGAGAAGAGGAAUGCUCUGCCUAUUGACCCCCUGGCCACACCCACUGUUCUCAAAGACCUUCAACCAAGUGUUUCGGCUGGUGCUGCAGCUGCGGUGAAGCCCAAAGUGGUGAGGGGAAAGCGGACUGGAUCAGCCAAGAAGGUUCCUGGUCUCUCUAAGAGCUAUAUCAUGAGCGUGUUCAAACACUUCGCCAAGACCAAGGUGUCUACAGAUGUCUACCCUGUCCUAAAGGAGAUAAUGGAGCGCUACUUUGACCGGCUAGCUGAUGACUUGGAGACGUUUGCUGCUCACGCCAAGAGGAAGACCAUUGAGGUAGAGGACGUAGAGCUGCUGAUGCGGAGACAGGGGUUUGUGACUGACAGCAUGCCAGUAAAUGUGUUGAUUGAGAAAUAUCUCCCAAUGGAAUCCCGAAAGCUCCUCAUUCCCGUGGCAACAAGUGGUAACUACGUCAUUCCCAAACCGAGGAGAAAAUGAUCAGCCUAUACUAAGAAUGAUCAGCCCAAAUGAGGGCUGAUGUUGUGUAUUUGAUUGAAUAUCUAUGAACAGCUGUUCAUUUAUUAUUUGUAGACACUCAUUCAAACACAGCCAGGACAAGACCAUGUAACCUGGUGUAAAUGUGUUGUAUUUGUUUGAAUAUGGCUUUCUUUUAUAUUUGUCGAAUAUUACUGCAAAAUGUUUUAUUUGAUUUAUUCAGUAGUCUGGCAUUUGUACGUGCCUUUGGAUGAGAAAGGAGACUAGAGUUUAAAGCCCUGAGGGUAUGAGCGCAUUGGAUUCCAUUAGAGCAACCUGAAAGACACAACCAAUACAAGCACUAUAGUUUGUAGACACUAAUCUAAUGUCCUCAUGCUGCCCCCAGUUUUCAAAAUCGACCCAGCUAAUCACAGUACAGUCAGAAUAAAAAAAAGCAAUAAUUCAAACUUUUGCAUUCGAUACUUUGGGGCGUAAUCAUUACUCUAAUUCUGUUUCAAAACGUUUUGCAACAAACCAUUUACUCCAAACAGAAAAUGCAUACGACAGUUUAUAUUGGACUAAUUCAGGUAGGCCCGGUUUCGUUCGCCUUGUUUGCUUUCGUUUGGUUCUUGGUAAACGGUCAGUUUUCAGUCCGUACGCGUCGAACACACCGACCUCUAAGGUUAUAAGACAUACAGUUUUGGUGCACCAGAGCUACAUUCAUUUCCAGUGGAACGCUGCGUUUCCCUUAUAUUGCGUUGCAGAGGCAGUUGUAAUCCGUUGUGUAGUAAAUCGAAUGUAUGCAUUAAAUUGUAUGCGUAGAAUGUUGAAUUUUUGUUGCACACAUAUCCAGUAAAAAAAGUGGGAUUCCAUAAUAAAAAGUUGAAUUACAUAAUUUCUUUA